AUCAUGAAGAUUGCCAUGUUAUUAUCUUGUAUAGAUGUUAACCAGAUUUUGUUAGUUUAAAAAAAAACCCUAAAAUUUCUCUUCGUGGAAAUGGAAAGUGCGUGAUUUUUGUGUCGUGAAAGAAAUCUGUGCACUGAGCGUACGUCGAUGCGAGUGACGACGAAAAAAGUACAUGGGAAAAACUGAGACGAUUGCAGGCUUUCUUUACUCGCCUUGGACGUGUCCUUCCCAAUGGCAUACAAAACUCUCAAUAAUACACAAGAAAGUGAAAAAGUAGUUGGUUGUUGUCGGUCACAGUUGUGUAACAACACCCUUUUGUUGAGCCAAUGUUUAUGUGUAGUGCUAGGCUGAAGGACACAUCCCACUGACCACCAACCUUAACACUGUGUCUCUAACAUUGCUUGACACGAUUUCAUUGUGUGAUUGUUAGCCUUAAUUUGCAAACCAUUUGGCCAUUGAAGCUUCCCUAUCUCAUUAUGGAAGGAACAACACUAAACAAGAAGAUGACUCCCCUUCAUAGACGGUUCUCAUGCCCUGACGGGAAACUGGCUUUUUCAAACGCUCACAGUGAAGAGUCGGGCUUAAAGAAACGGACGUUUAAUCGAGAAGAGACAGUUUUAAGUGAAACUUUUGAUUUGAAUUUGGACUUCCGUACAACGAAACUUUCCACUGAUUUGAUAACGAAAGACAGAAAUGAGAACGUGAAACCUGGAGGAGAGAGUUUAAAUGGUCGACGAAGAGAAAAGACGUUCAUCAAUUGUUCUUCAAUAUUGGAAAACCCUCACACAGACAGAGGUACAUAUGACAAUGGAAAAUCUAAAAGAGACAUCUAUAUGCGAGAACGCCCUAAAACCUCUGUGGGAGUUGGCAGAGCUUCAUACUUGGCACAAAAACGUUAUUCAUUACCCAUAAUUCACCAGACAUCAGACGACGGACUAACUCGCGACCUGACCCGACGUACGGGGCCGAGGCUAUCAGCGCCAGGACUGAUGGUCAAGUCAGCUGGCGGAGGAAAGAAGGAGAACUUUCUCAACACCCGGAGAAGCAGCCAUGACAGUGUUGACAGAGAGCUCAAGUGCUUGUACCAAAACAACUUGGCAGAGAGACGGUUGUCAAGUCAUGUGAAGGAGCUUGAGAGACAGUCUUACGCUGGGCGCCUUGAACAAAGACAGCAGCGACGAGAGCUUUAUCAGCAGUAUCGUGCUAUGGUGAAGAGAACCCCGAGCGCAGAUCAAUGGCUUAACCAAAGAAAAUCCCAGACCUCCAUACUCAAGAACCGUGAACACGAAGAAAUUGCCAGACGGUACCACCGCAUUCUCCGUAUACACAAAGCGCCGGCACAUCUCCAAGACAUGGUGGCCAGAGUUAGAAAUUACGUCAUGUUGCAAGCCGGGGUGUACAGGAACUUGAUGGAAGAAGAAGAACCCGAUGAAUAUGCCAAACAGGAUGUUUCCCCCACGGAGGAAGAAGACGAACUGGGAGAAGAAGAAGCAGAAGAAGAAGAAGACGGUGUCGAGAAUUUUGAUAAACUAGCUUUGCAGAGUUUCAUAAGAAGACAUACUGUUACGGGUGACGCCAUUUUGAGAAAUCUUCCCGAAGCGCAAGGGUAUUCGGAAGAAGCGCCUCUUUCCAGGUUACGAAGGAGAAUGUCGACGUGCGAUAUUAAGCAUAUCAAGGGCAUUUUGGAUUGUAGAGAUGGCGCAGUAUCAGCUGCUGCGACUGUUGACGAUGUGUGUUAUCAACAGGGGGAGGGGCAGGGGAAGGAGGAAACAGUUAGUGAGGAGGAGGAGGAUAACGAGGAGGAGGAGGAGAAAGAAGAGGAGGAGAAAGAAGAGGAGGAGGGCGAAGGGGUGGAGGAAGAAUACGACAAUGAGGAGGAGUACGAGGAAGAGGAGGAGAGGGAGGCAACGUUUCAAACUAACGGUAGUGUGUAGAAAAGGAAGGAAAACGAAAUGAUUGGGAAGAGGAGGAGGGGUACUGCUGGUGGGAGGCUAGAAGAAACUGUGUACAGUUUCGGUCUGUUGUGGACAGCACUAUAGAUGGAUGUAGAACAGAGGAAAUCGUUUUUUCGAAGAGGUCACAUAAGAAUGAUUUCUUUUUUGUUGAGAAACAGCUGAUUUAUUUGUGUUUUAUAUCCAUGCCAAUUGCUUUAACCUACAAACUUUUGUUGGUUUAUUUUUAUUCUGCUGCAUUUUCUGAGCAGGGAUUAUUAAGUUUGCUCGCAUACUAUGAUAGUUGAGAGAAAUACAGAGAUGUGAGGGGUUAGGGGGUGCCACUGGUAGGUCCUUCGUCUUUACUUUCCAUCUGUUGUUUGUGUUUGUCUAUCUUACUUUUCCUCAACAGUAAAUGGCCAUUAUUGUGUCGAUGUUCUUUUAUCUAUUCAAACAACCAGAAAGACAGGAGACAUAGCGAGAACUGAAGAAACAGACAAAAAGGUGGUUCUGAGAGGGUGGAGGUGUGAAAUGGAGGGACUUGAGACAUUGGGAGUUCGGGUGGGGAGGGGGCAAUAAAUUGUUUAUUUUCUCCCAGGGCAAGCUCACAUAAGCCUCAAUGCACAACCUCAGAAUUAUGAAGUUCUAUUAGACAUUUUUGACAACUUUGAGUCACUCAGGCCAUGAGGUCAGAAACCAAAUGUUCUCUCUGCUCUAUCAAAAUCUUAAGAUUAUUCGAAGUUUUUGUCAAUACAUUCAAAGAAUAGCAUUUGGAAAAGCUUGACAUGAUGUGAAACUCAAAUCUUUGACGUCAAAUUUCUCAAAACUAUGUACUGAGCAGAUAUAACUUUGUUUUUCUGAGGUGGCAUAUGGUUAGGUCCUUUGUCAUUUAAUGUUAACGACGUGAACCCGAUUUUCUAGAAAUAAAAUGUAUUCCAUUGAGUACUUUGA